CCUGCGCGGGCUGGGGCUUUAGGGCGAGCAGCUGCGCGGGCCUGCUUCGUCCGGGCGCCGCCUUCCUCGCGGGAAUCUUCCCCGCGGUCGGGGGCGCGCCCCUCGGCCUCAGGACUCGUGUGGGACUGGCUGGUGCGGACCAGUUCCCGGGGCUCAUCCUGUGCCUCCCUCGGCACCUGCCGCGGCUCCAGCGGCCGGGCUGCACCUGCGGCCGCAGGGUUUAAACGCGGCGGCCUCCCGCCGUGACGCUCUCGGCCCGAAGCUCUGAGGCGAGCGGAGCAGUCGGUCCGCAGUACCCCCUUGGCGGAGCGUUUUAACGUUGACCAAAGACCAAGUACACACUGAUAGAUGAGCAGGACAUACCACUGGUGGAGAGCUACUCCUUUGAGGCUCGAAUGGAAGUAGAUGCUGAUGGAAAUGGUGCUAAGAUAUUUGCAUAUGCCUUUGACAAAAACCGAGGAAGGGGCUCGGGCAGGCUUCUGCACGAGCUGCUAUGGGAACGACACAGGGGAGGUGUGGCACCCGGGUUUCAGGUGGUACAUCUCAAUGCUGUGACUGUGGACAAUCGCCUGGACAACCUGCAGCUGGUACCAUGGGGCUGGCGACCCAAAGCUGAAGAGACCUCCAGCAAACAAAGGGAGCAAAGCUUAUACUGGCUUGCAAUCCAGCAGCUUCCCACAGACCCUAUAGAAGAACAAUUCCCUGUCUUGAAUGUGACCCGGUACUAUAAUGCCAAUGGGGAUGUUGUGGAAGAGGAAGAAAAUUCCUGUACCUACUAUGAGUGUCAUUAUCCUCCUUGUACGGUGAUUGAAAAGCAGCUUCGAGAGUUCAACAUCUGUGGGCGUUGCCAGGUGGCUCGAUACUGUGGCUCUCAGUGCCAGCAGAAGGACUGGCCUGCCCACAAGAAGCACUGUCGGGAGAGGAAGCGUCCCUUCCAGCAUGAGCUUGAGCCAGAGCGAUGACGGGCUGAAGAGCUGCCACUGCUGCAGGUUCAGUUUCCAGCUCGUCAUGAGCACAGUGGAAGACAGACUGUCAGUUGAACCUGGAGGUGCCAAAGAAGCCAGCAAUGGAUCCAGAGCAGCUGCCAUAAGACCUCACAGCAACAAGCAACCUGUGGGGACAGUGCCCCUUCAGUUUUCACCUCCAGCAGAGACAAAGGGGAGGCUCCCUAGGACCUUUCUCAUUAUUUAUAUGUUAAUAUGUUUGUAAACUCAUGUACAGUUUUUUUGGGGGGGAGGCAAGGGGAGGGUUAGCAACUUCAAAUAGAAUCAUUUGUUGUAUUCCUCAAAUGGUAAACAGUCACCACUCAGCUAGAGACUUUCGUGUAGUCGAGCUUCUCUCCUGGACAGUGGGUGGGGGGGGUCCCACUGAGAGGCUUGCACAGAGUCAUGUCUAAACAGGCAGAGUAAAGGGUAGAAUUAUCCUUGUGGCCAGUCUCUGCUCCUCAAAUCUCUGUUGUCCAGCCUUUUUUUCUCUUUUUGAGACAGGGUCUCUCCUGGAACUCGAAUGUAAACCAGGUUGGCCUUGAACUCACAGAUCCACCUGCCUCUGCCUCCUGAGUGCGGGAUUAACAUACUUGGUUCAACAUGUUUUGAAAGGAACUAAUAAUGAAACCAGUUUUAAUGAAUGGACUGGGAGGACCCGCCAUCAGUCCAGGUUGGCCUCUGAGGGGAAAAGUGUAUUAGCAAGGAGUACAAGGCUCUGUUCUCUUUGGUAGUAGGUGUUCUGGAGUGUUCCAGUAGGUUGACUACUAUUGCUGUGAUAAAACAUGA